GAAUUGAGGAUCGUGGAGACAGUAGUCUUGCUUCGUUUGCAAUUGAACCGACGAGCUGUCGCUUGCCUCCACUUGACGCCUAGUUCCUACUGUCGCUACUCUUCUUAAAGUUAGAGAGGAAUGACUUGAAAGCUAUCAUAUACGCGAUGCGAAAUAUAUGCGGAUAGACUGCAGUGAACCUCUCGCAAACCCGGGCCGGUCUCCGUCUCCUCACGAUCGCCUAAGCCAAGGCCAGUAGACAUCCAGUACGAAGCGUAGUUUGACUUCUCGUGAUACUACAUAGGUGAAUAUGCGUCCGAUAUGCGGCUCCAGUUGGGGUCGGGCUUCAUCGACGCGACUUGGUCCUCAUUGGGCUCCACAUAAUGUGAAAUAGAAAAGCUCCAGCUUUAUUUCAUAACCUCUCCCCCCUAUGCAUCGUAAACGAUUCAUUUUGCUUUAUUCGAGGUAUUUUUUCUUGAUUGAUGAGAACCAUCAAGCAUCGCCAAUAUGAAAUUUCGCGAUGGAAUGUGGAUGGUGGCGGAGGGGAUGCGUGUUGAGUAUGCCGAAGAAGUCUAUGACAUUACAGAAACAGCAAGAGGUCUGAGCCUACUAUGUCCCUCAAAGAAAAUUAGGAGCCGCGGUGAUACCUUGAAUACUAGCACAUUGACUAUUGAUUUGGAGGCACCCUAUGACGGCAUUAUAUCUGUUGAGACUACACAUUGGGCGGGUGCUGCGAGGAAAGGUCCCCAUUUCGACAUCUUCCCUGGUACGACCCCGAAUUUUGAGCCCACAGUUGUUCAACGAGAUAAAGGCACAACACUGAGCUCAGGCUCACUCUCAGCAACGAUAAAUCCGGACGAACAUACCUUUGGCAUUCAGUUUCAUAGCACGGAUGGGUCGAAGGUCUUGACUUCUUUAGCUUCGCGCAGCGUGGGCCUGGCUUAUAACCCCGCUCCAAGCAACCCACUGCAAACAGGAGAUAUGAGAGACUUUAAGCACUAUAUCUUCACCCAGACGAACCUAGGAGUCGGCGAGUCUGUCCAUGGCCUCGGGGAGCGCUUUGGUGCUUUCAAUAAAGUAGGACAAUCAAUAUCGCUGUGGAAUGCCGACGGUGGCACGUCCAGUGACCAAGCGUAUAAGAACGUCUCAUUCUGGCUCAGUUCUAGAGGAUAUGGAAUAUUUAUUGACACUCCGGGGAAGAUCGAAUUGGAGAUUGGAAGUGAAAGGUGCUGUCGUGCUCAGACUAGCGUCGAAGGCCAGAGACUGAAGUGGUAUAUAAUAUAUGGUCCGACGCCGAAAGAGGUGCUCUACCGAUACUCGAUUCUAACGGGCAGGCCCAAUCAUGUACCAAGUUGGAGUUAUGGACUUUGGCUUACUACUAGUUUCACAACUAAUUAUGACGAAGCCACUGUCAACUCUUUUCUCGAAGGCAUGAAAGAGCGAGAUACCCAAGUAGAUGUCUUCCACUACGAUUGCUUCUGGAUGAAGGGAUUCAAAUGGACAGACUUUGUUUUCGACUCUGAGAAAUUCCCUGACCCCAAAGCACAAAUUGCUCGACUGAAAUCUUCCGGCCUGGUUAACAAGGUCUGCGUCUGGAUUAACCCAUAUAUCGCUCAACACGGUGAUGCAUUCCAGGAAGCAGCGGAGAAGGGGUACCUUGUCAAACGAAAGAACGGUGACAUUUGGCAAUGGGAUCUAUGGCAAGCUGGUAUGGGCCUAGUCGACUUCACUAAUCCCGAAGCCGUAAAGUGGUACGUCAGAUGUCUGAAUGAAUUGUUCGACAAGGGCGUCGAUUGUAUGAAAACCGACUUUGGCGAGAGGAUUCCGACAUUAGAUGUGGAGUGGUUCGACAAGACGGUUGAUCCACACAAGAUGCACAACUACUAUGCCUUCCUGUAUAAUAAGGUCGUAUACGAAGCCCUACAAGAACGCUACGGCGAUAAAGAAGCCGUGCUUUUCGCUAGAGCCGCUUGUGCAGGUACGCAGAGAUUCCCCCUCGUAUGGGGUGGCGACUGUGAGUCCACGCCGGAAGCUAUGGCCGAGUCAGUGCGUGGAGGUUUAGGUCUAGGCCUGUGCGGUUACGCUUUCUGGUCCAACGACAUCGGCGGAUUCGAAGGAUACCCGGCGCCAUGGAUUUAUAAACGAUGGGUUGCAUUCGGCCUUCUAUGCUCUCACAGUCGUCUUCAUGGCAGCAGCUCCUACCGCGUGCCCUGGACAAUUGACAACGACGAUCGGAGCGAGGAAGGAUGUUCGCGCACCCUUGCGAAGUGGACGGCACUCAAAACCCGUCUGAUGCCAUAUGUCUUUGCUCAAGGUUCGAGAGCGGUAUCACAGGGUAUUCCAUUGUCCGUGCGCGCCAUGUGCCUCGAGUUUCCCGAGGACCCCACAUCCUGGUAUCUAGACCGACAGUUCAUGAUCGGCGAUAGUUUGUUGGCCGCACCCAUUUUUGAUGAAUCUGGUGAGGUUGAGUUUUAUUUGCCCAAGGGUAAGUGGACUUGCUUCUUUACGAAUCGAGUGAGAGAAGGCCCUGGUUGGUAUCGAGAGAAGCAUGGCUUUGGUAGCUUGCCUUUAUACGUGCGUGAGAACACGUUACUCGUUUUGGGUAAGCCUGGUAUCCGUGGCGCCGUUUACGACUACGAAACCGAUGUUGAGGUAUGCAGAUAUUAUGUAAAGGAGGGCGCAAAUGCGGAGCUCGUCGAUAGUAGUGGAAAGGCUCUUGGUACCCUGAAAAUUGGUGCUGAUAAUAGCACUCUUGAAGGGGCGGAAAUCCUUAAGGGAGAGUGGACGACGAGUAGUGAUGGUCGAAAACUCGAAGACGAGUCAUACUUACGGACAAUCGAGUGGCUUUAAUGGAGAUGAGGGCUAUCCUUGGUAACCAAGCAGUGUAAAGAAGAUUGAAUUAAUAUGCAGCUGUGGAAAUAUCAAUGUAAAUUCUCAAAUAA